UGCAAUCAAUUCAGGGAAAAAAACAAACCUAUAGUGAUUUAGUAACUAGGAUAAAAUUUUGGAACAUACUCCUAGUACUAAUAAAUUAUAGCACAUGUGACGUGAAGUAUAGAUUUUUAGUAUUGACAGUGAAUAUCGGAACGCAGCCUAUAAACUUCAUUGACAGAUUUCUUAACCUCAACGCCACCUUAAUGCUUAAUAACUGGCUUUGUUAAUUUUGCUUUACGUGUCAAAUGAGCAAUUUUAUUAAGAUUGGGACCGAGAGAGCUAAUCUGAAAAAAAUCAUUUGGAUUUUUUUUAUUAACUAAUUGUUAAUAACGUGCAUUAUUUCGUUUAUUUUUUGUCUUGACUUGACAUUUUUGUGAUUUGCGAGUUCCAAUCAUCCGCUCGUGUGUCAGUUUCUAUCAGUAGUGGUGUAAUACACACACAACCUCAAAUGUUAUAGUUCUAACAUUACAAAAAAUAAUAAUGCAGCAUUUGCGCAAAACCGUAUGAAAUUUGUCUUGAACCAUUUUAUAUACUUGCACAUAUAUGAAUGCAUAUCUAAUGAGAUAAAGUUCUUGGUACCAGCGGUGAUUGUAAUAAUGAGUUAAGAGAAAUGUAAUUGUAAAUAUUUUAUAAAUUUUCAAUGCAUGGAUGACUUAAAAUUAAAGAAUGCCACCAAUAACUAUGCCUCAAAAAUUACCAAUUUUUGUGUUUCCACAAACUAUUACAUUUUAUCUAGAUGAUCAGUCUAGUCACAAGCAAGUGUUAACUUUGUACAAUCCAUAUGAUUUUCCUGUAAAAUUCAAAGUUUUAUGUACUGCUCCAAAUAAGUAUCAAGUUGUUGAUCCAGAAGGAAUAAUAAAAGCUAUAUCUUGUGUAGACAUUGUGAUCAGGCAUACAGCAUUGAUAGCAAAUAACUGCAAUGUAACUGACAAAUUCAGGAUACAAAUGCAAGAAUAUCCUUCUAAACAGAUAAUUGGCAAGCGAGAUGUUGAAGCUAAACUUCUCCCUGGAACAUCGGACGCAGUUGGAAGAUCAACACCGGAUCCAGAUAUGUUUCAACAAUUACCAUUAAAUGAAAGCAGACAGCAACAAUCUUACACUCUUAUAACACGGGAUAAAAUCACAGAGAGAAAUACGAAUUAUGUAGCACUCAUUACGGGAAUUACAUGCAUAAUUGGAUUGUUACUACCCACCGAAGGAGAACAGAAUCAUAGAGUGCCUGAUUAUCUCCACCUUUCCGUGAAUUUUAAAUUAAUAUUCGCAUUUGUACUAGGUAUGGUUGCAAAUAUAGUUUUAGGAUUAUAGUUCUCAGCGUUUUACAUGUACAUAACAAAAGGAAUUUUUUACACAUAAGCAAAAUUGAUAUACGUGCAUAUAAAGACUACUUUUUUCUUAAGAAAUACAUGCGAUUCUAGUCUAUAUAAUAAUCAAUUAUUUCUAUAUUAAUCAAGAUAU